AAUCAUCUUCUUCCAUAACAAAUGCAUGUCAUCAAUGGAGAAGAGAAAUUUGUAUGGAUAUUUAUGCCCUGCAAGUGUCCAGAAGAAGUACAGCCCACUAGAUAGGAGAAUCAGAUAUGUGGGCAAUACGAUUGGAGACACUAAAUUACCUUGUUAUUUGGCACCAAUUAUUGAAGGUUGUCAUUGGAGUUUGUGUGUUUCUUGUCCCAUUGACAAUGUCAUCUACUGGUUUGAUCCCUUGGGUCGUCGUCCAAGCAGUGAGAUGAGGGGCAUUUUCAACACGGCUUUAAAGACUUAUUAUAUAACUGGUGGGAAGCGUUCCAGCAAAAAUGGCUCAACAACUUGGGUAUAUCCUAGUGUGAGUACUUUAAAUUGAAGUUCUUUCAUUGAUGACAGUUAUUUUAUAUAUGAAUUUGGAUUAUCAUUUCCUUGUGA